UACACACACACACUCCGGACGUGAGAUACAGAGUGUCAACCUGAAGAAGGAGGGAGUGUAGGUGGGACUCCAUCAUAAAAUCUGUUCGCCUGGCCAGAUUUAAACAAGAAUAUUAGGUGCAGGGUGACAGACAUGGAGCUGCACACAGUGUGUGUUCUCCUCCUGCUGGCUGUAUGUGUGAGAGCCACACCUGAUCGCUACUAUAUCAAAAAACAGCAGUCAUUUCCUGUCAAGGGCCAAGAGCUUUCAGGGGCUCCAGGUAUUCCGGGAGAACCUGGCCCCCCGGGUCCGCCUGGUCUCCCUGGCCCCCCAGGAAUGAGCAUGAUGGGUAAGCAGGGACUACCGGGACCUCCUGGACCACCUGGACCGGCAGGAUAUGCUUCACCUGGAAAGCCUGGAAGCCCAGGUGCACCAGGAAAACCAGGUGAUAACGGAAUACCUGGAGAAAGAGGACAUUCUGGGCCUGUAGGACCCCAAGGAGCAAGAGGACCUCCCGGAGCCCCUGGCAGCCCAGGUCCUGCUGGUUUCUCUGCUCCUGGAAAGCCAGGACCUCAUGGUCUACCUGGGGCAAUGGGACCUAGAGGAGAACCUGGUUCGAAAGGACUUUCAGGUAUUCCUGGCCUACCUGGACAGAAAGGUGAACCAGGUCAUGGUGUGCAAGGACAUCCUGGUGGACCUGGCCCAAUUGGUCCAGCGGGUCCUCCAGGUCAGCCUGGUCAACCAGGAAUUGGAAAGCCUGGCGCAACUGGAUACACUGGAGAACCUGGAAAGCCAGGUAUGCCCGGUAGAGUUGGGGCUCCAGGUCCCAUGGGUGCACCAGGUCCAAAGGGACACCAAGGAGCACCAGGUAUAGGUGCACCAGGUAAUUCCGGUCAAAACGGUGCUCCAGGACUGCCUGGUCCAAUGGGACCUAAAGGUUUUCAGGGACCAGCUGGACAACCCGGAGCUCCUGGUCUUCAAGGUGUUGGCAAAUCUGGUGCUCCUGGAAUUCCAGGAAACAGAGGUGCACCUGGUACUCCAGGUACACCAGGACAGAAGGGAGAACCUGGUACAACAGGAUUUACAGGUCAGCCAGGUGCUAGUGGGCCUGUGGGUCCAUCGGGUCCACAGGGUGUUAGGGGAUUUCCAGGUGAGACAGGUCCACAGGGACCUAAAGGUGAUGCUGGUAUUAUUGGGGCACCUGGCGCAAAAGGUCAAAAAGGAGAUUUGGGGCCACAGGGCUUUACAGGCAAACCAGGUAUUCCAGGAGCAUCAGGUCCACAAGGUCCUCAUGGUGCUACAGGAUAUCAGGGUCCCAAAGGUGACAGAGGUUAUACAGGGGCACCAGGCAGUCCAGGGGCUAUGGGUCCAACUGGCAUGAAGGGCCAUACUGGUCCACAAGGCAUGCCUGGAAACAGGGGUGAAAACGGCCUUCCUGGAUCAAGGGGACCAAUGGGGCCAGCAGGAACAAGUGGCUCCCCAGGAGCCAAAGGUAUUCCUGGUCUCCCUGGACCCCCUGGCCCAGCUGGCCUGGUAACCAAAGGGCUUUCUGGCCCACAGGGUCCCCCAGGAUUCCCUGGUGCCAGAGGUCAGGAUGGUCAUCCAGGUCCAGCUGGACCUCCUGGCCCACCUGGUCCACCAGGUGAGACUGUUUAUUAUAGUGAGAAAAGCAUGCCCCUCAAAUCUGAGGUGUACCCGGUCAGUCACGACCUGAUGAAGCCACGCAUGUCAGCCUUUACGGCUCUUUUAACCACAGCUUACCCUAAUGCAGGAACACCUAUCGUGUUCAACCAGAUUGUGUACAAUGGAGAGAACCACUAUGACCCUAGCACUGGGGUGUUUACUUGUCAGGUUCCAGGAUUUUAUUACUUUGUUUUCCACAUGCACGUAAAUGGGGCUAACGCUCUGGUUGCACUUUACAAAAACAAUGAGCCAGUGGUGUUUUCCUAUGACGAGUAUAAUAAGGGCUUCCUGGAUCAGAUGUCAGGUAGUACUGUACUCAUGCUGCACAUGGGCGAUACAGUCUAUGUACAGGUUCCAGAUGACCAGUCCAAUGGCAUCUACGCAGACAAUAAUGUCCACUGUUCUUUCACUGGUUUCUUGAUUGCAUCAACGUGAUUGUGAUGCAAAAUAAAUUAAACCUUAAAUUUUUAAAGUAAACAUUUGUUUUUCUUUAAAAAAAUGCUCUUCACAGUCUUUCAAUAGUUGCUAAUAAAUGUAUUGGGUCAACCAAAUGUUUAUCCAUGUGAAAGAAAAGAUGUAACCCGUUUUUAUUUCAAGAAAAAACACUUAGUGCUAAAUCAUACAAGACCACGAUGCUCUGUAUUUUCUAAAGGUCUUACAACAUGAUCGCUUGUGCGCUUGUGUUUUCAAAACUUGAUUUUUUUUAUGAAAUUUCUUGAGCACCUAAAAUCUACAUGUAUAAAAAUUUACUGAAGUAAAAACUUAUUGCAUUUAUUUGCAAAGUUAACAACGCACGAGAUGUCUCACAUUAUAUACAUCAUUGUGAUCGACCAGAAAUAAAAGUUGAAAGUGUU